CUCUGCUUUCCGUCUCACUGUCAUUCAUUCAGUCAGAUCUUUUUAUCCAGCAGGAGAAAGAAAAAGUCAAGAUUAAGAAUGUUGGGUAAGAGAUCAUUAUUAGCAGCUCUGCUCGCUGUGGUGGUUGGCGUUUACCUGCUGCCUUCUCCCAUAGACCCCAAACCACACGUACUGAAGGGGCCUCCUCCGGCCCUCGAGGGCCCGCUCGCUGUCAACACCCGGCUGCAGAAGGGCCGCAGGCUGUUUACUGGGAAACUACACGGACCAGAAUCCUUCACUGCAGAUGAGCAGGGUAAUGUGUACACAGGAACAGUGGACGGGAAGCUGUGGAGGAUCGGUCCUGAUGACAGCCUCGCUCUCAUCACACACAUGGGACAGGAUUUACCAGAAUGUGGCAGCAGUACAGACUAUGAGCCUGUGUGUGGUCGUCCUCACGGUGUGCGUUUGGAUCGUCGCGGCCAGCUGAUAGUUGCUGACUCAUACUUUGGGCUGCACAGCGUCAACCCCCAAACUGGAGAAAAGACUCUGUUGCUGGCUAAUUCACAAGGCGCCGAUGGCGUUCCCUUUGCCUUCCUGAACGGGCUGGAGAUUUCUUCCCAAACUGGGAUCAUUUAUUUCACCGACUCCUCCAGCCGCUGGGGACGCAGACACGUCACACUGGAGGUGAUCGAGCUGAACAGCCUCGGCCGUCUUCUCUCCUACGAUCCAGAGACAGGGAGUGUGAAGGUCUUGCUGGACUCCCUCUACAUGCCCAACGGCAUCGUCCUGUCGCCUGAUGAACACUUCCUGCUGCUGGCGGAGACGAGCAUCGCACGCCUGCUGAGGUUUUGGCUGAAGGGCCCGAAGGCUGGCACCAAGGAGAUUGUCAUGGACAACAUGAUUGGUUACCCAGACAACAUCCGCCUAAGCGACCACGGAACAUUCCUGGUUGGCAUAACAACGACACGGUUCCGGAAGGUCACGCCUCCCUUCUUGGACAUGAUCGCCCCGUACCCGGCUGUCAAACGCUUCCUGGCCAAGGUGAUUCCUCUGAGCUGGUACAGCCUCCUGCUGCGGCGCUACGCUCUGGUCCUGGAGCUGGGACCGGACGGCGAGAUCGUGGACACGCUGCACGACCCCGAAGGCCGCCUGACGUGGGCCAUCAGCGACGUCUUCCAGCACCGAGGGAGGACCUACCUGGGCAGCACCAACCUGCCGUUCCUGCCCGUCCUGGAGGGAUCCUGGGAGAGCUGAUGAUGGACCACGGCAGGAAACUAAACGUCGGACUCUGUCGCCAACUUAUGACCUGAGAGGUGAACUGAGCAACUGUGAUCAUCUAAAGACUCUUUCAGAAAAGUUCAACUUCCAUCUGCUCAAAGUGAUGUUAUGCUGUUUGAUGGGAUAACAAUGGAUGUCCUUUUUUAGUGCAAAAGACAGAAAUGGUGAGCUCAAACCACAUUAUAUACCCAAAAUACUAGUUAAAUUAUAGAAGUUCAAAGUUUGAUCAAUGCACUGGAUGUGUGCAGACAAGCACCAGAAGAAACACUGAAUCCAUCAACCUUCUUUCCAACUGCAAUUAAACUGAAAUAUAACUUUAAUAGUCUAUUAUUCAACUGUAUCUAGUCUAAUAAUUUGUUUGCAAGUGACAUCGGAGCUUAAAUAAGCUCAAAGUGAUUUAUCUUGGUCAGUUUGGACUAAUCAAAUCUCCUGGAGCCUGGAUCUUUAAAAUCAACCAACUUUCUCUCUGAGGAAUUUUAAAUGAACGUUUGAAAUAUAGAAUUAAAAACUGUAGGAAUGUGUACUAUUAAUACCAUAGACUGAAAAAAUGACAUUUCAGUGAGACUGUUGAAUUACAAAUGGGUCGCAAACAGCUGAAACGAUAUGAUUAGUCGUUCAUUUAACACUUAAUUGUGAGGCUGCUUUUCUCUGAUUAAAUAAUUGUA